AUGCACUUGGUUUUACUUGUUUUGUUGUCAAAAACACAAGUUUUUAAGGACUUUUUUGUUGGAGAGAAAUGCUCGCCCCCGUAUAAAAAUAUAUUUUCAUCUGUUCGGCGUUCAUCAUCGACUUUUAUUUUUUUACAUUUUUUAGUUGAAAAUCUAAAAAAGCUAAACGAGAUAAGCGAUAAGCAUUUUACACUCUUUUUUACUCUUGCAAGCAUUCCAAACCUCCGCAAUUUUAUAUUUUUUAAUUUAAAAAAUUUUUCUUUUCCUGAUUUGGCAAAAAUUUUAAUUAAUCAAUAA